AGGAGCAGCGGGGUCAGCGGCUCUACAACUUUGGACUACUGCACUCACCUGGACAGCGCUGCAAUGCUGCUGCUGCUGCUGCAGCGGGGAAGACCCUCUGCUGUUUAUGCUGCACUUUUAUUUUAUUCUCAUUUUCUGGAGCCAACUUUGGUGCUCGCAUUCAACCUUGACACCAGUCAUGUCAUCAGGAAGGACGGAGAGCCGGGGAGUCUGUUCGGGUUUUCCCUCGCCAUGCACCGGCAACUCAACCCGGAUAAAAGAAUGCUAUUGAUUGGAGCACCCAGAGCCAGAGCUUUGGGAAAACAGACAGCCAACAUCACAGGAGGCCUUUAUAAAUGUGAAAUCACUCAGUCCAACGAUUGUGAGCGUAUUGAAUUUGAUAGUGAAGAGGACGUGCGUGUCGAGAACAAGGAGAAUCAGUGGAUGGGGGUGACGGUUCAGAGCCAGGGACCCGGGGGAAAGAUUGUGACUUGUGCUCAUCGCUAUCAGAGGCGCUUAUAUGUGAACACGCCUUUGGAGUACCGGGACAUCACCGGACGCUGUUAUGUCCUGAGUCAGGACCUGACCAUCGACCCAUUGUCUGAUGAGGAUGGAGGCAACUGGAACUUCUGUAAGGGCAGACCCCGAGGCCAUGAGAUGUUUGGAUCUUGCCAGCAGGGUGUGGCUGCCACUUUCACCAAGGACUACCAUUAUGUGGUGUUUGGAGCACCAGGAGCUUACAACUGGAAAGGCAUAGUUCGAGUGGAGCAAAAGAACAACACUCUGAUAGAGAUGGGAGUGUAUGACGACGGCCCGUAUGAAGUUGGAGAUGAGCAUCUCUUGAGCCCAGAGCUUGUGCCUGUACCUGCAAACAGCUACCUCGGAUUCUCCCUCGAUUCGGGACACAGCAUCACCAGGAGCCGUGGCCUGACGGUGGUGGCUGGAGCACCCAGAGCCAAUCACAGUGGAGCUGUGGUCCUGUUGAAGAAAGAGAGCCAAACCUCCUCCAAACUUUUGGUGGAGCACACUCUGCACGGGCCAGGACUCGCGUCCUCGUUUGGCUACGACGUGGCUGUGGUUGACUUGAACGGUGAUGGAUGGCAAGACAUAGUUGUGGGAGCCCCUCAGUUCUACAUGAAGGACAGAGACGUUGGAGGAGCCGUUUACGUCUAUGUCAACCAGGCAGGAAGGUGGGACAGAAUCACACCUGUUCGUCUAAAUGGGACCAAAGACUCCAUGUUUGGACUGGCAGUGGAAAACAUUGGAGACAUCAAUCAAGACUCAUAUGAAGACAUUGCCAUUGGAGCUCCUUAUGAUGACGGCGGUGCAGGAAAAGUCUACAUUUAUCAUGGCUCUGCACAAGGAAUCAAAACCAGCCCUGCACAGAUCCUUUCAGGAAAAGAGCACAACAUGCGACUCUUUGGAUAUUCUCUAGCAGGGAACAUGGACUUGGACAGUAACUCUUAUCCAGAUGUGGCUGUGGGCUCUCUGUCGGACACAGCCCUGAUCUACAGGGCACGGCCAGUCAUUAGCAUCAGGAGAGAUGUCAAGAUAUCUCCACAGGAAAUUGACCUUACAAUCAAAACCUGUGGUAACAGUAUUUGCUUCACGGUGGACGUGUGCUUCACCUGGAAAGCAAACACUGCAUCUUACAACCCCAAACUAAUUAUCGGCUACUCUGUCGAGGCGGAUGGAGAUCGCAGGAAACAUGGGCUGCCCUCCAGAGUGAUGUUCCUCAACAGCUCCCGCACUGAAACAGACUACCAGUUAAAUGGCACCUUGGACCUCCGCGGCCAAAACCAGAAGUCAUGCAUCAAGAUAACAGCCAAACUAAAAGACAACAUCAAGGACAAGAUGCGCAGCAUCCCCAUCGAGGUGUCUGCAGGAAUUGUGGGUACUAAACGACAGAAGACGAGGAACGGCCUCUCUCAACUCAUGCCCAUAUUAGACUCCUCUCAACCAAGCAAAGACGUCAUUGAGGUCAACUUUGUAAAAGAGGGAUGUGGAAGUGAUCAUAUUUGCCGGAGUAACCUGAAGAUGAACUACAAAUUAUACUACAAACAAAGCAACCUAGACGUGUACUCCCCACUGCCCAUCAAUAACAACGUCCCUGCGUUCCAUCUGAAUUACGAGAGGAAGGACUUGGCUCUGCGUGUGACCGUCAACAACAUGAAUGAAGAUGAUGCAUACGAGGCUAAGCUGGUGGGGACGUUUCCAGACACGCUGUCUUACUCUGGAGUGCGCUCGCAUCAGACGACGCUGGAAAAGCCAAUCAUCUGUACAGCCAAUCUGAACGGCUCUCAAGCCGACUGUGAGCUGGGGAAUCCUUUUAAGAGAGACUCAAAGGUUACAUUUUACAUCAUCCUGAGCACUGUGGGUAUGACUGUCGACACCACGGAGAUUGACAUCGACCUGCAGAUCCAAACUACAAGUGUGCAAGAAGAUAUUGCCCCCGUUAGAGUGAAGGCUAAAGUAAUCAUUGAAUUGCCGUUGUCGGUCAGUGGAGAAGCCAGCCCUAAUCAGGUUUCUUUUGGAGGCGUUGUGAAAGGUGAAAGUGCCAUGAAGACAGAAGAGGAGAUUGGAAGUUUGAUUACUUAUACAUUCAGAAUUAACAACUUGUGGAAGUCUUUGAAGUCUUCAGUCAAAGCCUCACUUCACAUUCAGUGGCCCAAAUGGAACAAAGACGGUAAAUGGCUUCUGUACCUGGUGAAGAUCACUGCUGCAGGACCGGAGGACAUCCUUUGCUCUCCCGAGUCUGAGAUCAACUCUCUCAAACACAUCCAGCAUGCCUCCGCAUCCAGGACAAAACGUGAAAUCGGAGAAAGAAAACCUGUUGGCAAAAUGUCGUCACUGUCAGAAAAGAAGAAGGUUUUGACGUGUGACAGUGAGAUCAAAUGUGUGGUGCUCAAGUGCCCCCUUCAGGGCCUGGACGGUACAUCGCUUGAACUGAGAUCUCGUGUCUGGAACUCGACCUUCAUCGAGGAUUACGCCUCCAUCUCAAACUUGCACAUUGUUGUGAAGGCCUCGCUCGUCCUCCACACUCAGGCUAAAAACAUGAUCCUGAGAACUCCUCACACUGAUGUGACAGUGGCAGUGUCGCCUGAAAGUGCAGUCGCACAGCACAGUGGAGUUCCCUGGUGGAUCAUACUGGUGGCUGUUCUUGCAGGCAUCUUGAUUUUGGCUUUGUUGGUGUUUCUGCUGUGGAAGUGUGGUUUCUUCAAGAGACCAUCAAAAGACCAAUAUGAUGCUGCAUAUCAGAAGGCAGAGAUCCAUGUUCAGCCCUCUGACAAAGACAAGCUCUCUGCUGAGGCCUGAUUUAUGAGCAGGGUGUGGAUUCUUUAAACGCUCCAAACAAGAGGACAGCGUCCCUCGUUACCACGCAGUGCGGAUCAGAAAGGACACUCCUGAGAACAAAGACGGAAAAGUCAAGCUUGAUCCUUUUGAAAAAAAGCAGUGGAUGACAAAUUGGAUGGACGGUGAAAGUUACUCAUGACUUUAAACGUUAAAAUGAUUUUUACAAACAGCUUUAACCGGAUUUCUUUUUUUCCCAGAUGAACUUUGCCUUUUCUUGUUCGCUUGGAGAACAUCAGUGAUUUUACUUUUUCAGGACUCGGUUGAGUUCAUGUCUUUGAAUUGUUACACUGUAUAGAUGAUGAAAUGUUUUUUUGUACGUUUUGUAUAUAUUUAAAUACUUCUGCACACUGUAUAUUUAUUUUUUGAUAAGAAAGUAAUUUCAUGCAGCCAAAGAGUUUUUUUCAGUGUCGUGUGUCCUUGAGCGGAUGGACGAAGAGCAAAGUUUACUGUUUCUGUGGAGUUGUAACAUCUUAAAAAAGCCAAAAAUCUAUGCAAGGAAAGUGCUCCUCGCCCAGUAUUAUCUGAACAUUAAUCUGUAUUUUUGUCUAAUUUCAACAAACAAAUCUCUUUAGGUACAUUAUCAUUUCACAAUAAUUGAAGGUGCAUAAAUGAGCACGGCUGAGUCACAUUGCGUGCUGAGGUCUUUUCCCUCCACUUAUGUUCGUUGAUUCUUCACCUCUACUCACUGUUGUGGCGUCAGGUAGCAUCCACUGUACUGUAGGUCAACACUGAAUCAAGAUGUUUUGUUCCAUGUGUGGAAUCCAAAGGGAAGGUGGUCAGUAGAAACUGCCAUGUAAGUGUUAUAGAUUAAAUUCAAGGUGAAUGACUUGUUGAGUUGUCAAGUGUAAUAAAAUGCUUUGAAUGCUACUGUGGCUUUUCAUUAACAUUGGAAGUAU